GAACAUGUUGCAACAACACGUAUGCCAGGAUUGCUCACUUUUCCCUUAAAAUUUAUAUGAGUAUAAAAGCAAGGUGGUGCAAACGAACCGAAUUUAAAGCCAAAGGAAGUGUAGUCAAGCAAGAAUCUUUUUAUCUGUGCUGUGAAUUUGUUAAUUUAUCGAGACAUUAAAGUAUUGUGCUCUUGAAUAAAUAUUGAAAUAUUUUGCAUGUUGAAAUCGCAUACAUACAAACUUUUAUGUUCAUGAAAAAAUAGAUAAGCAGUUGUAGUGAAAGAAAUAGAAACAUAGCGGGAAUAGUGAUUCAGCGGGUGCUACUAAAACUUCUUUUGUGCAAAAGCAGUAACAAUAAAUACCACGAAUAUUUGGUGCUUUGUGUAUUAACUCAGAAAAGCAGAAUUUAUUUCAAGAAAACAACUUAGCCACGGCUUUCAUAGUUACCCAGGGCAACCGUGUUGAAAGCGUUGCUGUUUAUUUUUUCGACGUGUGGAAAAAGUGAAAAUUUCACAGAACUGUCAAGUUAUUUACUCGAAUAGACUAGUAUGUUUUUAGUAAAACGCGGCAAUUAAAAUUAAUUGUUUGUUGCAUUCGUUGGCGCGUUUAAGCUCGGUUUAUUUGUCUCAGCAUAUCUGCGUUCUAACCUCACUUUCGUGCGCUUAAAGUCCAAGCAACUGGACACUCGCCGUUUUCACAUACUCUGUCUCCGUUAUCCUUCAAAAUUCAGCUUAGACGUGAUUUACACGCCAUUAAAGAGGGCGUCACCAUGUUACAACACCAUCCCCAUGCAAUACCUCUUGCUGCAGCACGCAUUAAGGAUGAACCCACAACCAAUCCUCCAUUUUUCUAUCCACACAGCAAUCCCAUUGAUAACGCCGCUGCAGCUGCCGCCGCAGCCGCGGCUGGACUCAUCGAUCAACAACAUCGGGACCUACAUAAUGCGCUGGUCAAUGCAGCUGCUGUAAAUGGUACACUGACCAACACAACGGCCGCUGUCUUGAAAAGUCAAUCGGUACAACAACAACAACAGAACACCGCUGCCCAACAGACAGCUCAAGCUCAAGCAGCAGUAGCAGCAGCCCAGGCGCAACAACAUUCACAACAAAAUACAAAUAAUGCUUCCGCUCAACAACAACAGCAACAACAACAGUCGCAACAGAACGCUAUGGUGUUGUUAAAUGGUAAUGCUGGUGCAGUUGCUGGCGGAAAUAAUGGCACCACCAAUGGUGCUAUCAUAAAGACUAGUUCAUCGGGUCGCUCGACGCCAGUAAACGGCAGCUCUACAACAGAUCCAGCACCGGGCAAGCUCUUCGUUGGCGGUCUUAGCUGGCAAACAUCAUCGGAGAAGCUAAAAGAGUACUUUAACGUAUUCGGCACCGUAACCGAUGUACUCAUAAUGAAGGAUCCCGUGACACAGCGUAGUCGCGGUUUUGGUUUCAUCACAUUCCAAGAGCCUUGCAGCGUCGACAAAGUCCUGCAGGUACCCAUACAUACACUUGAUGGCAAGAAGAUCGAUCCCAAGCAUGCAACACCGAAGAAUCGCCCGCGUCAGGCUAAUAAGACAAAGAAGAUAUUCGUUGGUGGCGUCUCGCAAGAUACCUCUGCCGAUGAGGUGAAAGCCUAUUUCAAUCAAUUUGGCACCGUUGAAGAGACUGUCAUGCUGAUGGAUCAACAGACAAAGCGUCACCGUGGUUUUGGUUUCGUUACAUUCGAAAAUGAGGAUGUUGUGGAUCGUGUUUGUGAGAUACAUUUCCACACCAUCAAGAACAAGAAGGUCGAAUGCAAGAAAGCACAGCCAAAGGAGGCUGUUACACCAGCUGCUGCACAAUUGCUGCAGAAACGUAUAAUGCUGAGCACUCUGGGUGUGCCCAUACCGGCCACACCGGGUCAAUUGAUUGGCACACGCGCUGGCGUCACCACCAUGAGUUCACUAGCUAUGUUGCAAGCGCCGACACAACUGCAAUUGCAUGCCGCCAAUGGCGCUGCAGCCGCUGCUGCACAGCAAGCUGCGCUCAUCUCGCAGUCACCCUUCCAAGUACAAAAUGCCGCCGCCGCCGCCGCCGCGGUUGCCGCCAAUCCAGCUAGCUUUGGCAAAUUGCUUGCUACAUAUCCACAGGCCUUGCAUAGCGUCAGAUAUGCACCCUAUCCCAUACCCACAAGCGCCGCUGCCGCCAACGCCUUGGUGCAAGCCCAACAGCAACAUGCUGCGGCACAGCAGCAACAGCAUGUGAAUGCUGCUGCCGCCGCUCAACAGCAACACACUGCCCAUGCUGCCGCCGCUGCUGCAGCACAGCAACAUAACGCCGCCAAUACGCAAGGCGUUGCCGCCGCACAGAGCGCACACAAUGCGCUCGCCGUUACCGCGCAUGGUGGCCAAGCGGGCGCACAUGGCGCUCAAACGGCACAUCAUCCGCUGGCAGCAGCCGCCGCACAACAGGCGGCACUCGUCGCUGGUAAUGCACUGAAUGCAGGCAAUCCAUAUCAAAGCUAUACGCUAACCAAUGUAGACAUGUCCAGCUUUCAGGGUGUGGACUGGAGUCAAAUGUACGGCAUGGGCAUGUACGUCUAAGACACAUUUUAGUAGAGGCAGUCGUCGUUUGUUCAAACAAUCGAAUGGGAAAUUUUUAAGCAAAUGGAGAGUGCAGAAGGAAAUACUCUUAACUUAAAAAUAUUUAUAUACUAUAUAUUAAUAAUAUUAAAUGAAUAUCAACAAUGCUCACAGAUGCAUAAACGGUAGACACCAAACAGACACAGAUUAACUGGAGGUGGGUGUGCGCGCGUUUGCGACGCGUGACAUUUCGACAUUACAACGAUUUGUGAUACAUUCAUAUACAAGUGUGUUAAGCGUGUGUGAGCGCGUGUGGGAGAAGAAUUUGUUAAUCUAUUGGGAAGUUGACUACAACAAUAUUUUACGUUCUCAACAUUAUUUUGAAUUGCAUUAAAGAGAAAAAAUUUAAAGAAGAAAAAAAAACACUAAAAAUGUGUAUAAAAUGCUUAUUAUUAUUCUUAAUAUUACUUUAGUAAUCAUAUACAAUUAAAAUGUUAUGCGCAUGCGCAUGUGCUUCUUCGCUAGGUUCUUAAUCUAAGAAAAUGCUAAUUAAAAUGCUCGUUUGCAAUACAUAAAUACUUACUAAAGACGCUCAGAAAUGGAAAAGAAAAUUGCUUAAAGACAGUAAUUGAGAAUUAUAUAUAUACGUAUAUGUUUUUGCUGAUGUUAGGUAAAACACCAACUAAUAAAUUUCAAUAAGACAAAAUAAAAAAGGAAAAAGAAAAAGUUUCGCAAAAAUUUAAGAGAGUUUUUGGCAAAAAAUUUUAGUUAAUGCAUUGACAAAAGACAAACUCUACAAAGAGUAGAUAUUAAAAGCUAGAAAGAUGCAGUGCUAUGCGCAUGAAAAUUAAAAAAAUAGAAGUACAUACAAAUAUACAUUUAGUUAGCUAUAAGAGACUCAAAGCAAUGAAAAUAUGAAAUAAAAGCAACCUUUUAAAGUGCGCAUUUUUUGGCGGCUGCAAACAACGCGUUCACAUACGCGCUAGCGGCGCAUGAACAGUACUUUGUCAAUUUCGAAACUGCAGCAAUAUGUGUAUAAGCAGAAGAAAACAAAAACUAAAAAAGAAAAUAUAAAAAUUGUGUAUUUGCAAUUGUUAAACAAAUGCCCAUAUUAAGUAUUAUUAUAAUCUUUUGAAGGCGCAUGAAACGCGUUAUUAUCUACAAACUAUAUUUAAUUUUGCGCCAAAAGUUCAGGCGCCUAUACUCAGCAAAGAAAAUGAAUAUGUUGAAAAUACCAUACAUAAUUAAUUAAUUUUAAGCAUUAAGCAGAGCAUCGUUAUAAUGAUGCAGUGAAAAAAGGUAAAAAGAUUCUCUACAAAUGUGUUAACUUAUAACCGAUUCGCAAGCAAGAUAAAAAAAAACAACAGAAAUUAAAACUAAAAAACUAAUACACACACAUAUAUAUAAAUAGAGUAUAACACACAGGAAAAUGAAAAAAUGCAUAUAACAAUAAUUAAAAAUAAUGAGAAUUAGAAUUUUUAAACCACCGACUUGAUUGCGUUUAAUUUAGAUAAAAAAAAAAAAAACAAACAUGACAACAACAUAAACGAAAUACAUACUACAUAAAACAUUAUGCAUACAUACAAACGAGUACACACAUACAAAUUCAUAUGUAUAUGCAUACAAGCCAGGUACAUCAGCUGCAUAUUUAGCAUAGAUAUGUAUUUACAUAAAUUCAUAUGUUAAGUGUGCUCUGCUCAAGUAAGAGAAGGGAUACAAGUAAAAAAUAUGUGAACACUAUCCACACAAAAUCAUAAAAGUAAUGAAAAUCGUAAAACAAGCGAGUUAUAUAGCUACAGCUACUACGUAAAUCCCAAAAAGAUUACUGUGCGUUAGUAUAACUAAGUAAAGGGGAAAAUAAACCCAACUUCAAUGUACUUAAAAACAUGCGAAAUGCAUUUAACCCUGACACUUGCGUUAUGGAUUUUCAUUCGUUCAAAAUCAGUUCCUAAUUGGCUAUAAAUUUAAGCGACAACGCUUGAUGCUGCAUAAACAAAUUUCAAUACAAUUCUUGCUUGCUAAGCAAUGCAGUCUGUCUAGCGCUUUCGAAGCUUACAAAUAAACUGCAAACCUAAUUGAUCUCAAAUCUAUCAGAAAUUGAAAACGAUUAUCUUCACAUUCAUCUUACAUGCAUGAAGAUAUUAAAAAAGAGAAGUAAAUUCAAAAUAUGUUAUAUGUUUUAGUGAGGAGAAUGUAAAGUAAAUAUGUAUUUUUAGUAUCAAGUUGAGAAUUUGUUAUUUCCAAAUUGGAUAACUUGAAUGCUGAUACAACGAAAAAACGCUUUUCCUUCUGCUCUGGAUCUGCAUUGGAGUGAAAAAAUAAUCAUAUAGUUAUAGCGCAAGUUUUCCGAGGUAUCAUUAAAAUGCUGAGCGCGUUGUCGCCGCGUCAAUUUGUUAACGUAAAACUGAUCGUGAGACCUACCCGGGAGGUCUUUUUGGCGAGUACCAUUUGUUCUCGCAAUUUUGGCUUACGUUAACUGUAAAAGCAAUAAGCAUGCUUUGAAGAUUUGGCGAAAGGGUGCUUGGUAAUACAAAUACACUGUGCUCUCUUUGGGAUUUUUUCUUCACUUUAAUCAACC